AUGGGGUGCUUGUGUAAGUACGCUAGUGAAUAUGCAGUUAUUGUUAUUAAGAAAGGAAAAAAGCGCCGUUGGUGGACACAUCCUAUGCUACUACGUCGUAAAAGUCAUGGACAUUUCCAUGUGAAUUAUGAAGAAUGUCGACAUCAUCCAGAUUGGUUUGAAGAUGAAUAUUUAAUGCCAAUUCCUGUUUACGAUGAACUGUUAAGUUUACUGUCAAGAAACUUAUCAAAGCAAGAUACUAAUAUGAGGAAAAGUAUCGGGCCAUGUGAAAGAUUAGCAGUAACACUACAGUAA